AUGCCUCCUUUACAGCAAAACCAGAAAGUUGAGAAACGACAAGCUCGCAGGCAAGAUCCUAUUCAAAAAAGCUCUUCGAGGAGAACACAAAAUAAACAAGACCAACCUGUACACUCACACAUGGGUACAGAACGACCUCCUCCUUAUUCAACACUGUCAGAACAACCUCCCCUUUCACAUAUGGAGAUUCAACUACCUUAUUCGACGUUACCUACCCAUGUCGUUAUGACCGCUGAUCAACGAUCUCAGUCUGAUAUCGCUUGGUACAGCUCUGGUCCUACUGAGUUAAUGAAGCAAACGGAUUCUCGACCGUCUUGGUCGAGUCAAAAUCCUCAUUAUAAUAUACGAUAUGAUUGGCCACAGCAUUCGAUGCAUUCACAAUCUACAUGGCUUCAUCGUCCUCCUAGAUAUUUAAACAUUCAAAAUAAUGAUUGGCGUCCACGUUCGCAAAAUGAUGAUAAGGCUUCUCCGUGGCCAGUUGAUAAUUGGGAAUUACGUCCAUCUAGUGUCCCUGCUAGUAAUCAAUCUAACAAAUCAGAUCAUGUCUCUUCAUCUAAGAGUAAAGAUUGGAAAAGUGAGGAUAGGUCAUCUCCUUGGGGACAGGCUGAAAAUUGGGAAUUGAGAUCAUCUAAUGUCUCCAGUUCUAUUCAAUCGGAUUUAUCUACUCAUCGAAAUAACGAUUGGAGGCCGCAUUCACAAAAUGUUAAUAGGUCUUCUCAUUGGCAACCUGUAAAAAACUGGGAAUUACAAACACCACCUAAUAUCUCUGGUCCUCCAUUAUCAGAUAUGAUCGUACCGUUUCAAAAUAAGGAUUGGCAAUCACAUCCGCAAAAUGUUAAUGGUUCUUCUCCGUGGCAACAGGUCAAAACCAUGCAAUUUCAACCACCGUCAAAUCUAAAUUUAGUUCAAGGUGACGAUUGGCGUUCAUAUUCACCAAAUGAUGAUAUAUCCUCCCCCUGGAAACCAGCCGAAGGCCUGGAAGUAAGAUCAUUAAAUGUUACUAGUUCUAUUCAAUCUAAACAAUCCGAUAUUGUUACACCUUCUAAAAGAAAGUCUGGUCAGAAAAGUGUUUCAAAAAUAGUAAAAAAGCCUAAUAUUCGAAAAGAGUUAAAUAUUUUAAAAUUCCCAAAAACAUCUGUUUCGAAAAAGCCUAAUGCAGAUGAUACUUCCCAUGGAGGUGAUGAUAAAACUAAUGGUGAUAAUAUACAGGUCAUUCUUUCUGUUGAAGAACAAGUUUUUACAUCUAGUGGAACCUUGACAGCUUCUGAUGAUACGUCAUCUUCGAGUUUUUCUGUUUCUGAUCAAACUGAAUCUGAGUUGGUAACGCAAUCAAAAAAGGACGAUUCAUCUAAUGAUAAUUCUUUGUCAAUGCUGACUCCUCCUUUAUCACAAACCGAUGGAAAGCAACUCGAUUUUAUAGUAUCACAAACAGAAGAGUCUUUACAAAAUGAUUUAGAUAUGUCGCUAAAGAAGAAAGUGAAUCGAAAAAAAAGCUCAAAAGUAGCAGAAAAAUCUAGUGCAAAGCAUACUUUUAAAGACCCUGACCCUUUAAAAUUCCCUUUAAAAAAGUCAGUUGAAAAUAACGCUUCAAACGGUGAAAGUUCAAUAUCAACAACCGAUUAUUUAUUAAGCAAUGCUAGUUCUUCUUUGACAUCAUCUAUUUCAUCUACAUCACCGAUUGAGGAAAAAUCACAUAAUUUACAAGCGGAUAUGAUAUUAGAUGAAGAAACGCUGCCCAUACAGGCUGAUUUAGACUCGCAACAAAUUAAGGAAGAAUCGGAGCCCAUACAAAUCGAUAUGGACUUAAGCCAAAUUGAGGAAGAAUUAAUGCCUAUACAAGCAGACUUGGUUGCACCGACAAAAAGAAAUUUGAGUACAAAAAAAAUCUCGAAACCGGGACGUAAGCCGGGUGUAAAGCACAACCGACAAGAACAACAAUCUCUGAUAACUGCUCAAAUUAAAAAUAGUGCAAGAAUAACAUCUCGCAAAGGCAAAGAAAGGGUGACCGAUAAUGCACCAGUAGUUAGGUCAAUUGGAGAACAAGCAUCAGUAUCAACAAAUAUUUCAUUAAACGGUAAUGGUAAUGUUGGAUCUUCGACCAAUGCGUCUAGAGCACCAUCAAUGCCUAUGAAAAAAUCGGCGGAAUCCUUAUACAAUUUCUACAAAUCCUUAAAGCCACCAUCGCCAGGAUUAACAAGAGAACAAAUGUUGCGACUUGGGACAUAUAUUUUUGAUGAACUUUUGUCAACAUCAUACGCUCGCCCGUUCGUAAAUCCUGAAGCGGAAGAUGCAUACUAUUAUAGGUCAAUAAUUAAAGAUUUGAUGGACUUAAGUACGGCAGAACGUAAGCUUUGGGCUAGAUGUUAUUCUUCUCCAUUAGACUUGUAUAGAGACAUUUGUCAGAUCAUGUAUAAUGCGUUUCAGUUUCACCGAGAAGGUGAUAUUAUUUUUGAAGAAGCAAAACAGCUAUCAUUAGUUUUCCAAAAAGCUGUACUUACUUUGAGUACAUACGGCAAUACUGCUCAAGGAAUUUCCGAAUCACUUGCCAGAAAUAAUGUAAUUCUUCCUCAUGAAGAUUUCAGAAAACUUCCACCUUUUAUACCUCACGUUGAUAGCAAAAUUUAUAUUAUGCCAUUGUACACUUUCGUCGAGAAUAAUAAAACUGGCCCACAUCGUAAGCUUAAAGAAUCUGUAAUCGAUAGAUUGGAUCCCUUAGCGCGUCCUCUUGGCGAAGUAUUGAAUUUAGAAUUUCUACCAUCAAUGGAAUUUGAUCCAUCAGAGUCAACCUGUAAUUUUGGCCGAUUAUAUGUUAUUUCUGGUCGUACAUCUCUCGCACAUUGUAGAGACGGAAAAAACUCUAUUCUAGUUAUACUCAAGAAUAUCAAAUAUAAUAGGAGUGUAGAAUCGUUAAAAUGCGACACCCUUAUUGCAAAACCCUUUGGAGACCUACACGCAUUAGAUAGCAUGCAAUUUCCUGAAUUGAUUGAUGCAAGAGCAUGGAUUAAAUGUGCAUUUAUAAAUAGAGUAACUCUUGACCUUACAAUUACGCGAAAAUUUUAUGAUAAAUAUAUAAAAAGUUCUUUUCAAGUUGGAGAGUAUCAUAAGGAAUGUUUGACUCCUGAAUUACAUGAUGCAUUUAUUGAUGCUUUACAGCUAAAGCAACAAGAUGAUGCAAUAAUCGAACCCCAAACUCCUCAAUCUAUUUGGGAGCAUCUUGUUAAGGCACGAAAUGUUCCCAUUGAAAGUUUCCAUGAUCUUGGAAACAUUAAAAUUGAAGCUGAAGGGACUUUCAAAAGGGUUUUCCAUUUUGCAGAUGAUACUAGCUUCGUCGUUCAAAAUUUUAAGCAAAUCACGUCGGAUACAUUGGAGACUCGUGUCAGGGAAGCCGGUGUUGCGAAUGCAGGUCAAAUCAGAUCAAUUUACAAGAGUCCCAACGAUGAGCUAGUCGGACUGUCAAUGGAAAGGUACGAACAAACUCUGAAAGAUUAUGCUUUCAAUUCGAGGCGUGUCUUAACGGGUGAACAAAAAUAUAAGCUCAUUGUCGAUAUGUUACGAGGUAUCCGAGCCAUUCAUCAAGCCGGUUUUGCACACCGUGACCUUUCCGAGGUCAACAUGAUGGUAUCGGAAACCCGUGAAAAAUUGAAAGAUGGUAGUACAAUGCCGGAAUUGGUUAUAAUCGACUUUGGUAAAGCAGAGUUUGUCCGACCUAUUGAUGUGAAAAGAUGGUCCGUUGGAACUGUUGAAGAAGAAAAGCUCAGCAUUUUGCCUAUGAUUAAAACGCCACCAGAUCAUGGUUAUAGACUAUACAGGUCAAUCAUGACUCUUCCAAAAAAUAAUCAUGAUAAAGAAAUUUUGGGGCCAUAUGACCCUUGUGCUGAAGAUAUUUAUUCGAUCGGCGUCCUAAUUUGGCGCACAUUUUCGGGUCAAGCUCCAUGGAACGGCCUUCUUGAUACAAACAUCAAGUUAUUGCGAGAACUGGUGUCAAAUGCAGAAAAAAUUAGUCUCCGAAUUGAGAAGGAUGUUAGAGGCGAUCAUUCUAAAAAGUUGUUGUAUCGAAGCCUUGAUCCCAACCCACAGGCAAGGAAUAGCGCUGACGAAUUGUUGAGGUGGGUAACAGAAGAAGUCGUGAAAGAGGAAUUAAUUAAGGAGUGGUCGGUAGGUGGCCGUUUAAAAAAACCGAAAAUGAUGUAA